GCGCGUCCCAGGCCGGGCCGGGCAGUGCCGGGCAGGGCGGGCAGGAGCAGCAACCGCAGCGCCAUGGCUUUCGCUCGCUGGUGGUACGCUAUGCAUGGUGACAAGAARGCAAGUGAAGAUUCUUCAAUGUCAGGAGAGAAAAAAGCAGAAGUGGGAGAGAAGAGACAAGCAAGUGCUAAUGUCAGCCAGCCCCUCAAAACAGAGACAAGUGGAGCAUCUGCUGCUGCUAAGAAGCAGUCUCCUUCUGCGGAUGCAUCAAAACCACAAAUUAUGAAGCCGUCUGAAACCAGGUCUACACCAACAACCAAAGCAGGAUCUGAAAAAAACAGCCAGUCAAACAAGCYGACAGACUCUGAAAAUGAACAACUGUCGGAAGAGAAGAAAAAGGAACCCAGUGAUGGAAAAAACCAAACCCCUUCUACCGAGACAACAGCUUCUAAACCAAAUAACACGGGMAAAGUAACUACAGUUCAGGCUGACCAGCCUCCACCAGCAACCUCCACAGAGACAGCGAAGSAAAAGUCCAAGGAGAUAUCCACAGUGGCUGGUGCAGCUGCUGGAACAGGCACAGCUGGUGCCAGCGUGGUUGCUGCUGCUGAUAAAUCGAGUACUGAGCCUGGUAUGGAUGAAUCAGCACUUGAUAGCCUAAUAGAUACCCUCGGUGGACCUGAGGAAGAUGUGCCCACUACUCCUGUUUACACUGGCCCGGAAAUUACGGAAGAUAUAUAUUCAAGAUAUUUGGAAGAACUGGGCAAACGGGAAGGUAGUCUCCCUCCAGAGUAUGUUAAGUUGUUGAAGAGCAAGGGGUAUGGCAAAGAUGUUGUCCCACCGAAAGCAAAUGAGCAAGAUGAAAAGCCAAUGACGGAUGAUGAACUUGCAGAGGCACUCUCAUCUGACUUCACCUGCAGUACUGCUUCUGCUCAUGAGAAUAAGACAGGUCUGACAGAGAAACCAAAUAAAGAAGGAGAAAUUGUGCAAGCACAAGCCACAAGUUCAGUCAACACUUCAGUUCCUCCUAAGGAGAAGAAAACAAAAUCAAAAGAGGAAAUUAAAGAUGAUGCACUGGAUGCUCUUCUUGACACUCUUGGAGGACCUGAACCUGAACCUGAAGAAGAUCCUACUCCUGUUGUAGAGGUGUCAGAGGCAAAAGCCAAAGAGAAAAAGGAACAAAAGGUUGGAGAGCGUGAUGAUACAAUACCUCCAGAGUACAGGUUAACUCCAGAGUUGGAUAAAGAUGGAAAACCAAUAUUGCCAAAGCCUGAAGAAAAACCAAAGCCUUUGAGCGAAUCUGAUCUUGUUGAUGAAUUCUCAAAGGACUUUGCCUCCCCUGCACAGCCUACAGUACAACCCAAAGCACCAAAACCCUGCAGCAUAUCCAAAAAGCCAUCGGGCUCUGUGUCUGUGGCAAAAGCCACUGAGGAUAAAGUGGUCCCUCGUGCCACAGCUUGCACUGUGCAGUCUGCAGCUCCCAAGUCUUCAGUUGGUCCUGUAGCAGAUGAAGCACUGGAAGCCUUGUCCAGUAGCCUAGGAAAGAUGGAGCCUGAUCCAGAUGAGAAAAAGCCUGUUGUGGACAAAGUUAAGGAGAAAACCAAAAAGGAGCAACACAAAAAACUGGGUGAAGAAGAAGAAACGAUUCCUCCAGAGUACAGAUUAGCAGAAGCCAAAGACAAAGAUGGAAAAUCACUCCUACCAAAACCAGAAGAAAAGUCACAGCAGCCUAUGAGUGAAAAUGAUCUUUUAGAGGGUUUGACAGCAGGAUUUUCCAGUUCUCCAUCACCACCUGAACCAUUACCUACAUCAACUGUACCAAAGAAAUCCAAGGAGGGUGCCAAGCCCGCGGGUUCCUCAGAUGUGAUCACUGCUGCUACGGUUUCCUCAGUGCACUCAGCAGCUCCUGCACCUUCUACCUCAGGWGGAAAAGAGAUGGAUGAAGCCUUGGAUCUCCUGUCUGAUUCCCUGGGAGAGAGGGAACCUGACCCUGAUGAGAACAAGUCAGUUGUGGAUAAAGUAAAGGAAAAGGCUAAAUCUGAACACAGAGACAAACUUGGAGAGAGAGAUGAAACAAUCCCUCCUGACUACCGAAAACUUCUGGAGUCAGGUGAGCAGAGUAAACCAGCAAAGCCGACAGCAAAGGAUGACGUGAAGCACAAAGAGCAGAAGAAACCUACGGAUGACAGUGCAGCUAUUGAUGCCUUAUCAGGUGACUUUGAUACUUGUGCAAAGCCUCCUGCUACACCCCAGCACUCAAAGUGUAGGACAAAAGUGGAAAGGAAGCUACGACCACGAAACCGAGCUCAAAGGACAAAGGAAAGCCCAGAGACCCUAAAAAGGCAAAGGGACAGUCCUCCAGCAGCAAAUCUGAGAAGCAGAAAACAAGCUAAACAUUAACCUCACCAGGAUCCUGGUGCACUGUGUAAAAUGUCUUCUUUCUGCGGGUGGAUAAUUAUUCCUGAAGAACAACAGCUGAUGCCGAAAGCACAUAGUUAUUCUGGGUGGUUUUUGUACAGUGAUACUUGCUGGACUUUCUCUCAKUUUUUCUUUCUUUCCAGUAGUAGACUCAGGUGGUUUGUUUCUUUCCCCUGGMAGUUCAGUUUAUUAAGACUCAUAUAGUCUGACUUUUUCUGUAAUUUCCUAGAGCAUUCAGGGGGAAAGAAUGCUUUCUAUUUGCAGGAAAUAUAUUGCAUCAAGGAAGAGCUAUGCCAAAAAAGAAAAAAAGAAAAAAAAAAUCUGCAGACUUUUGCACAUAAUCUCCACAUAGUGCCUGUAAAUUUCUGAAGAGUUCAUAUGCGCUAGCAUUUUUUAACRUUGCAGUGAAUGUAUUAAGUAUUCUGGAAUAUGGUGAGCUUUAGUGACCCUCAGCUGGGCUAUGCAGCCUUUUGUUUAGGCCAUUUCCUGGUGGGAGGCUGCAGGCUGGCUGUGGGGUGGCUAAAAAGUGAGAAACUGGGGAUUAGCCGCUUCAUCCAGCACGCCUGGACAUAAAGCAGUUAUUUGGGUUGCUGCCUUUAGAUGUAGUUAAAACACACUAGAGCAGGACUACUUUUUUUUUUUUUUUUAAUUAUUACCAUUAUUUCCACUUGUAUCUGUACUGUUAAUCUCAUAAUUUCAGGAGUCUCCUGGACUGGACAAAUAACAAAUAUAACAGCUUCCAACACACAGAGGGGGAAAUACAGGAGGGCACAAGCCUCAGCAGCGAUCAAAGUUCAGAUCCACGGGCAGGCUCCUUUUUACCUUAUUUUGCACUGUUUCUAGUCCUCCUGUUCCUGGCACUCCAGCAGGGAACGCAGGAUGGGGCUGAAGGUGUUGCUGCAGGGAGCAAAGCCCCCUUCUCCUGCUCCCUGCGAGGACAGGCACGGCCAGGUGCCUCCCGCCGGUCGGCCACCACCGCCUCCGCGGGUUUCCCUCUGCCUCCCUGCCCCGCAGGACACCCUUCUGCACAUCCUGACACUCAAACAGCUCUACCGUGCCUAGGGGUCUGCUGGCAGGGCUGGUGUGGGGGCUGAAGUUGGGGAUAUUUAGACUCGUGACUGUACUUGCAGUCUGCACCGUGCCACUCCAAUAAAGUUUUUAAGGAUGCGC